CAAGUAAUAAAAGAUAAAUAAAGCGUCUGUUCUAAGUCUGGUAAACAAGUCAUAAUAAUUCCGACUAAAUGAUAAAAUUAUCAGUCAGUGCUUGACAAUUUGUGUUAAAAAUGUUGAUAACUACUUCGUUAACCAGUUAUUUUAUCGCACUAUUUUUGGUCAUUUUGUGUUAUUAUUAUUUCAAGUGUUUUUAUUAUUCUUAUUGGGAGCGAAGGAACAUACCAAACCUGCAACCCUAUAUUCCCGGCCCCAAAACCCACCUCGGACUCCAGCUCAAACAUUUAUACGACGUAAUGAAAGAAAAAAAGUGGAAACAUGGUGGUUUUUAUCAGCAAUUAUCACCAGUUUACAUAAUUAGCGAUCUAAAUUACGUCAAAAAUGUUAUGACUCGCGACUUUUAUUAUUUCCCCCAUCGGGGACUCUACUUCAACGAGAAGAGUGACCCUUUAAGUGCCCACAUUUUCAACACAAGUGGCCCCAAAUGGAAACACAUGAGAAGCAAACUCAACCAAAUUUUCACUUCAAGCAAACUCAAGUCAAUGUUCCCGAUUUUGCUCGACUGUGAGAAGAAUUUGGUCAAAAACAUGGAAAAACACAAGUCGGUUGAUAUCAAAAAAGUUUUAGAUGAGUUUAUCGGGGAUAUAAUCGAGAAAUGUGUUUUUGGUUUUGAUUGUAAGAUUUUUAGACAGUUUCAACGUAAAAUUUUAAAAAGGUCACGCUCAAGGCGGCUUAAAGGUUUCAUAAUUGACAAUUUUCCAAAAUUGGCCAAAAUUUUUGACAUUGUUUUAGUCCCACGUGACGCUUCAAUUUUUUUCCGGAAACUAAUCAGAGACACUGUGGACUUCCGGAAGAAAAAUAGUGUCACAAAACCCGAUUUUUUGCAAGUCUUAAUCAACUUGGAGCUGAAAUCUGAGAUAACAAUUGAGGAAAUCGCCGCCCAAUGUUUUAUUUUUUUCAUUGCUGGUAUGUCAACAUCGCCAACUGCGAUGACUUUCGCACUCUACGAGCUUGCAAGACAUCAAGACAUCCAGGAGAAAGUCCGUCAAGAAAUUGGGAAAUUUGACCUAACUUAUGAUUCCCUCCAAGAAAUGAGGUUUUUGGAUCAAGUUUUUGACGAAGCGCUGAGGAUGUACCCGCCUGCUGCUUAUCUAAACCGGAAGUGUGAAACUGAUUAUGAGAUCCCUGGGACUGGGAUUGUGCUCGAAAAAGGCACAAUUGUUACAGUUCCAGUGAUGGGGAUUCACUACGAUUGGGAUUAUUACCCGAAUCCUGAAAAUUUUGAUCCKGACCGUUUCAGUGAAGAGAAUAGGAGAUUUAGACCCAAUUUUGCGUUUCUUCCGUUUGGGGAAGGACCCAGGAUGUGUAUUGGGAUGCGUUUUGGACUAAUUCAAUCAAAAUUAGGCCUUGCAUUUUUACUAAAACGUUACAAGUUUACAGUUAGUGCAAAAACUCAAGAACCAUUAAAAAUGAAACCAAAUUCUUUGGUAUUGUCAGCUGAGGGCGAAAUUUGGUUGGACGUUACUGAAAUAAAAAUUUAAUUUCUUUUUAUUUAUUAUCUCCAACACAACCUUUAAAUUAUACAAAAACUACACCUAAAUUAUUGUCACAAUUAUAAUAAUCAGAUAAAAUGUUAAGUAUUUUUGUGAAAAGAUUACAGCGGUUGAAUGGUCAGUUCGUGAACCUGCAAUAAAAAAUUUGAUCGAA